GACCCAUUUAAUUCAUUCCUUCCGCCAUUGACAAAGAUUCUUCUCCGCUUCAAAUAGUCUCUCUCUCUCUCUGUGUCUUCCUCUGCUUCUUCCAAUUUCCCCGCCGCGCCACCACCGGAACUCCCUCUUUCUCCUUCCCCUGGUGUCGUCUCCGGCGCCGUCACUGCAGAAACAGAUCAAAAAAAGAGAAGCUUUUUGAUGGAGGAUACCAACGAAACACAGUUGCGAGAUGUGCCUUGUGUUGCUGAUGAUGCCCUCAAGGAAGAACUUGGGGAUGAGGCAGACAAAGAUCAAAACUUUAGUGAAACUCCCCAGCAGCCCCUUCUUCUUGGCCAGGCUAAUGGAGUUGCUGCUCACUCUGAAAAGAAGACUCGUGAUAAGGUGCAGUUUUCGAGUCCUGAGGUUGGUGAUGGAAGUGUCAAAAAGCGCAAGACUUGGUUGCUGAAUGACUCUGAGGCACAGGGAGAUGAUGAAGCAGGGACGCCAGAAGAGCAGCAGGCGUUUCUCAUAGAGUUGGCGACCUUUCACAAAGAGAACUACCUGGACUACAAGCCUCUUAAGUUUUAUGGGCAGCCUCUAAAUGCUCUCAAGCUGUGGAGAGCAGUCAUUAAACUAGGUGGCUACGACGUGGUCACCACAUCAAAGCUAUGGCGGCAAGUUGGAGAAUCCUUCAAUCCUCCAAAGACAUGCACAACUGUCUCCUACACAUUCCGCAUUUUCUAUGAGAAGGCACUUCUAGAGUACGAAAAGAGUCUAAUGAAAAAUGGUGACCUUAACCUUCCUGAUUCAGCAUUCAAUCUGUCUUCAAGCCUCCAGAAAGAGGUCAUUAGCCAUCAAGGUUCAGGAUCAGGCAGGGCUCGAAGAGACUCUGCAGCUCGUGCUAUGCAAGGCUGGCAUACACAGCGCCUUGCUGGAUCUAGAGAGUCUACUGAGACUAGUGUUAAGGAUAAGGGCUCUAACUCAACCCCAAAGCAUAAGAAACUCAAAAGCAUUGGGCUGCCAAAGCCGAGACCACAAACUUGCACGGACCUUGUUGUUUCACAAGAAGGAGCAGAAAAACAGUCGGUUGCUGAUGUUGUUGAUGAUGGACCCAUUGCUGACUGGGUGAAGAUAACUGUCAAAGAAACUGAGAACUCCUUUGAGGUAUUUGCUUUGGUUCCUGGACUUCUUCGCCAUGAGGUUCGAAUUCAAUCAGAUCCAGCUGGAAGGCUGAUUAUAACAGGAGAGCCUGAGCAGCUUGACAAUCCUUGGGGCAUUACACCUUUCAAAAAGAUUGUUAGCUUACCAUCAAGAAUCGAUCCGCUUCGCACAUCUGCGGUCAUAAGCUUGCAUGGUCGGGUGUUCAUACGAGCUCCAUUUGAACAGUGACUCCUCUUUAAGAGUGACCUCCUUGUUUUGUUCUUUAGAAUUUCAUUUGUAUCAGAACAAUUUUGUUAGGCUGCUGAAGCAGUUUUAACUUGUAAUUUUAGUGUCAAGACUAAAGUUAAGAGAAGACAAUCAAACAUUGUAUCUUGCUGUUAGAUUUUUCUUUUGUAGAUGCUGCUUAAAGCCUUUUAGGAUGCAACCAACAAUGA